AUGAGGAUUGCUUAUCCCAACACAAUAAUCGUUUCCAUAGUGACUGAGCAUGGUAGUUUUAAAGCUAGCCCUGGAUGUGAAGAAAUAGCAGAGUGUUUGGAAGAUAAACAGGAAUUGCAUCUUCCCUUCAUCACUGCUGUCAGAUCAUACCUGACUUCAGAGAGCAGCGUAAAUCUGGCUGGGGGAGAGGAUUUCCCUGUGCAGCAGUCCAGCACAAGCCUAAGGUCCCAGCUCAGCAGGAGACUGGUUUGCUGCCAUGACUUGGUCCCAGCACCAGUGUGUCACUGUGUGCCCCAAUACGCAUGCAGGGCUCCCCUCAACCCCCUACAGUCACCAUGGAGCAUCAUAGCAAGCGAGAACUGGGCAUGUGUCUCCAACCACAAAUGCUGUACCAGGCACAGAAGGAUCGCAGGUCCAGGUUACAGAGAUCCCAGCAUCACCCAGCAUCUCCCUGAGAGUGCUGCAGGGAGAUGCUGGUCUCUCAGAAAUCAUCCUGGCUGGAAGUCAGCUGGAGGCCAGGCUAAGCAGCACUGCUGGCUCCCAGGGAUUCCUUUCCCCUCUGUCAGGAAGGACAGCGCUGAGGCCAUGCUGAGGUGGACAGAGUGGUGCUCCCCAUGCUGCCAGCCCUGCUGCAGUCAGGCUAUAUCAAACAAGUUCUUGAGCAUGUCAGAGCAACCACACCUCGCAGAACUUGCCUGGCUCUUCAGAUGCAGGAGGUAUUUAUCCCAGCUUUUGCCAGACUUCACAAAAGACUCCUGCAUGCUUCUACCCUCACGUGCCAUGGCCUGUGUGACUUGACGCCUUAAAACAGUCUCCACUACUGAUGUACCACUGGGCUUCCAACUCGAUGCUUCGGGAACAAAGCUGUCAGCUCAGGCCAAAACUGGUAAUUGGAAAACCGGAAAACCAGAAAGGAAAGGGAUGAAUGGGAACCUGAGGCAGGAACAAGAGAAGAGGCAGUGAGGAGAGAGAUGCUGGAUGAUGGUAAAGAAAGAAAGCAGAAUAGGAACCAAGCAUGGAGGCCUCCAGCCAAGCCACCCCAUGCUUCUCUCAGCCUGUCAGUGUUUGGGUUUCUCUAAACUUAGAAAAUUCCCACAAAAAGAUUUUUUUAUCUUAUCACCAAGGCUUCCAAGUGCAACCCAAACUAAGAGACAUUACAUAGAAUAAAUGCUUAAACAGUAAACCCACAGAAGUCACAA